AUGGAUAACGACGACUUCUUCCACGAGCGGAUCGACCCAAAGCUGGACAUGAACUCGACGGAGUUCAAUGCAAAGGACUACCUUGCGUCCAAGCAUGCGGCAACCAAGUACUCGGUGCUGUUGGCAGAGCUGCAGUCACUCAAGAGGUCGACGUCCGACAAGACAGAACAAUUAAAAUCUCUAGUGGCGUCUCAUUUUGACGAGUACUUGUCCUGCCACGAGGCCAUUCGCGAAGUCGCAGAAGAAAUUCGAGCUCAUGAAACGGACAGCGAGCUGCUCACGACAGCGUACCAAAAGCUCAAACACAGCACGGACACGACAUUGUCGUUGAUGCUCCAACGCUGUGAAGAACAGCGCAAGAUCCAACACGCAAUGGCCGUCCUCCACCGCUUCCGACCGAUGCUCGAAGUGCCCGCGAGACUCCGCAGCCACCUCCAAAACCGCGACUACCUUCACCUCGUCGAAGAAUACUUGCAACUCAAGGCGAACGUCACUAAGGCCAACGUCGCCACGCUCCUCAAACCGGUGUUUGAUGCAGCGCACGCCACGGCCGUACAAGCCAACGCCGCUCUGCUGCAAGUCAUCGAAUCUCCCACGGCUUCCCUUUCCACCCAUAGAGAAGCCAUUCAGGCGCUGGAUUGGCUCAAUAUGGUGCCCAAACCAGCGUUGGUGUGCGUCAAGCAUCAACUAGCUGCGGUAGACAAGCAGCUGCUUCUUUGCAUGGCCGCAGGGCCAGCUACAGACACUACCAGUUCAAAGCAGCCUCCAAAACUACCAGCAAAGCUCAAAGCGUCCACGUCCGCCGUGACCCAACAGCCCCCACGAAGCCCCGUGGAAAUCGUGGCCAUCUGUCGUGGGGUCGUGGCUACGAUGAGCCACAGCGUGUGGGGCCUCGUGUGUGACACGAUGAAAGCUGCGACGCUGUCGGCAGGGGAGCAAGAGGCCCUCCACGCGUCGGUGGUGGUGAUUCUGACCACCACGGUCAAGCACUUGGAAGACCAUUUGGUCGGUCAGUGUACGAUCCCCGAAGUUACUAUGUCGAUGCAGUCGCUGUUUGUCCAAUUCGACAGCCUCAAACCGUGUCCGGAUUCGGUUCUCAACGCAAAACUCGCCGCCCUCAAGCAGCGGUGUUGCGUGCAACUCCGCCAAGACACGUUGCUGGCGUGUUUUGCCUCGCACACCGAACGGACGGAAAAUGAAUGGCAGGCAUACGUCACACAAAAUGAGUGGACCGCAGCGAUCGACGUCUUGGCCAAGCGCUCCAUCGGCCGCCCUGAUUCGUCGGGGAUUAUCACAGCGGCCGCCGCCGCUUGGCAUGCCCUGCUGGUCAAGUGGUGGAAGGGGUUGCAUCCGCUGCUGGUCGCCAGCAUUGACACCAACACGAGUCCGUCUGACGAAGGCCACCGCACCGUGUUCUGUCCGGCGCUGUACGACGGCAUGGCGGCUGCCCUCAGAGCCCUCGUGACUGGGUUUACAGACAGCAUCCACGGGAUGCUAGAAUCGACGACGUGUGCCCCGUUGGUGGGGCUCGCCAAUGCUGUCGAGGUGCACGGACUUUUAAGUCCGCUGCUGGCGCACUGGUUGGCUUUGCAGCCCCAGCACAUUGCAGACAUUGUCCAACCCGUGGACUCGACGAAAGAAGCGUGCUUUCAAGCCUUUCUAGCGCCCCGCUUGGACGCACUGGACGCGGCUCUACAGGGCGAGGAAAUGCUCGCAGCAAAUACAUCGUCCAUUGGCAACGACGACGACACCGACAACCCCAGCGAGCCCCACGGCGACGAGUCAAGGCAGUACCUGUUUUCGGUCCUGCUGCUGCUCGUGACGUGGCGCCACGAGAUUGACCGAUGCAUCCCGGUGGGGGCGUAUGGGGAUUCCAUGUUGAGGCAAUGUUUGGCCAAGAUUGCCAAUCAUUUAGACGGCCGUAUUCGAACCGAAGUGGCGGCCGAUGGCGGGGGGGAUGGGGCGUCGACGUGGCGCCUGACGCAUUUGCACGUCGAACUCGCGUUUGUGUGCACGCACUUCAAGCAGUGGAUUCCCCAGCAAGCGGCCAGUUUGGAGUCGACCGUGCUCAAGGCGGCGCUCAAGACCAAGCGCGACGUUGUCCAGGCGCUGGCGAGUCAGUUGGACAUGCAAACGCACAUGUAUCGGUUGUGUCUGUCCAGCUAA